CGAAAAUACAUAUAAAAAUGAAAAGGGAAGGAAAGGAAGAAACGGGCUACGCUAGCUAUCAUGGUCCUUGUGAUAAAGUAAAAGGGAGAAAGAGAGGGCUCUGUCACCGCUAGCUUUGCGUUCUUCUCACACUCAAACUGUGAUGGGAAUCUUGCAUUAAUUGGGCUUUAAAGGGAAAGGGCUCAAGUGCGUGCACUUGGGAUCGUAUCGUCGAGUUCUGGAAUGGCAUCAAAAUUGCUGUUGGUGGUUGUUUUUAUCUUGGAUUUGAUUGCUUUUUCACUUGCUGUAGCUGCUGAGCAGCGGAGAUCUUCUGCAAGGGUCGCCACUGAUGCAAACUUCAACUAUUGUGUUUACGAGUCGGACAUAGCAACUGGCCUUGGUGUGGGGUCAUUUUUGUUCCUUAUGGCUAGUCAACUACUGAUAAUGGCAGCCACUAGGUGCUUGUGCUGUGGGAGAGCCCUCCGACCCAGUCGUUCCAGGGUUUGGGCAAUUGUCUUGUUCAUCACUUGCUGGAUGACAUUUUUCAUUGCUGAGGUUUGCUUGUUGGCUGCCUCGGUACGAAAUGCCUACCACACCAAGUACAGGACCUAUUUGUCGCAACAUCCUCCUUCUUGUGAGACCUUGAGAAAGGGAGUGUUUGGAGCAGCAGCAGCGUUCAUUGUCUUUACUGGCAUUCUAUCUGAGAUGUUCUAUGUCAGCUACUCAAAAACCGGUGAUGGAUUUUUGCAUCAGAGUCAGGAUACAGGCAUUAGGAUGGGAUCCAUAUAGCUGCAACCCUACUGGAGACCAAAGAGAUGGUAGUUUUUCACAUUUAUAUACCUUUGAAUAAACAAACUUACCCGGCUGGGUAAAGUAAUUUCAUAGCACAUACACAAUGAGCAUUGUAAUACAUAUCUUGCUAUGUAAUAAACUGUGUAUCUAUUGUUAAACAGUGCCUUAUUGAGUA